UCGUCAUUUUACCGACUUUUUCAAUUUUGUGAUACCGAAUGUCGUCAACGAUAAGUUUUAAUCAGCUAUAUCUGUGUAUUAGUACACAGCUACACAUCUGGAUUAAUUUACUAAUUUCCGGGAACACGUAGGUGUUUUGAUGAAGCACUCGCAAUCUGCAAAGCGAAAAUAAAACUUGGUAUCAAUACGUUUCAUGUAUUUCAACUUGAUGAACUUGCAAUCGAGAAUAUUGGUAACUAGUGAGAUUUUUAUUGUUCAAAGUAAAACAUUGUGAUAGUGGGUGUUCGGUGGAAAGUGGCAUAAUGAUCCGCAUUAUUUUGCUAUUGGUAUUUUGCGCGAAAUUCUACGAAGUGACAAUGGAGACGAAAACCAAUGAAGGAGGGCUAGUUAUGUUUAUUAAUUCAGGGUUUACAUGUAAUGAUGGCAGUUAUAUCCAUAUACGUCACUUCUGCAAUGGGAAAAAAGAUUGCUCACAAAAUGAAGAUGAAGAUACAGACAGUAAAGAAUGUUUAGAAAGGAGAUUAAAGCAAGUAUUCGCAGAAGAACAAAACCUACUGAAAGUACCACUAAGUGAAAUUGGAGGACCCCCAAAAGAAAACCAGAAUAAUAUAGAUGCUGAAAGAACGCGGAAAGCACGGAAAAUAGCGAAACUCAAAGAAAUAAAUGCUAUAAAAGAAGAUCUACAGAAGAAAAUGAACCGUCAAAGUUGAAAAUUUACGUGUAGGUAGGUAAUUAGGUAUGUCUUAUAAGAAUGUUUUAAACAGAAUACCAUAUAGAAAUUUGUUUCAUGUGUUUAUACGUGUUCAAAUAUAUUACAUUAGUUUCAUUUC